AUGGACAAUGGAAGGGAAAAUAAUACAGAAAAUGGAACGAGAUUGGAAGAUGAAACUUUAAAGAAAUUGGAAGAUGAAGAAUUGUCAGUAGAGAGGAUAUUUGAGAAUAAGGAGGUGCCUUCAUGGAGAAAACAGUUAACAAUGAGAGCUUUUGCAGUGAGUUUCGUGUUGUCAGUGAUGUUCUGCUUCAUAGUAAUGAAGCUCAAUCUCACUACUGGUAUUAUACCAUCUCUGAAUGUCUCAGCCGGUCUAUUGGGAUUCUUCUUCGUCAAGACUUGGACAAAACUACUCGAGAAAUCUGGCAUGUUGAAGCUGCCUUUCACCCGCCAAGAAAAUACUGUCAUUCAAACCUGCGUAGUUGCCUCCUCUGGCAUCGCCUUUAGCGGAGGCUUUGGAACUUAUCUAUUUGGAAUGAGCGAACGUGUUGCCAAACAAUCAGGAGAAGCCAAAUAUGGAUUGGACUACAAGAACCCAGCAAUAGGCUGGAUGAUAAGCUUUCUUUUCGUGGUUAGCUUUCUGGGACUUUUUUCCGUGUUGCCUCUCCGAAAGACAAUGAUAAUAGACUUCAAGUUGACCUAUCCUAGUGCCGAGGCAGGUACUUGA